AUGGAGGAGGCACCGGCAAACACCACAGAAAGCUCACCUACCGUCUUAUCCAUCAAUGAGAAGGAAUCCCUCAGAGACAGAUUGCAGAGAUCAAGACUAAUGUCAUGCAUUGCAGGCGCUGUGGUCUUGUUUGCAUCGUUUGGCAUUCGACAGACCAUCGGUGUGUUUCUUGUGCCUGUAACAUCAGACACUGGUUGGGAUAGAUCCACAUUCUCGUUAGCUGCUGGCGUCUUUCAGCUCUUUUGGGGAUUCUCACAGCCGUUUCUGGUGUAUUUUGCUGAGCGAAAGUUUGGAUUUGGCAAGUCCAUCUUUGCUUCCUGUGUGCUCUAUGCUGUGGGGUUGCUGAUCGUGUAUGCAUCGCCAGUGUCGUCUGGUUUAUUCAUAUUUGCUUAUGGCAUUGUUACAGGCUUCGCAUCAGGUGGAAAUUCGUUCCCUAUUGUGUUGGCAUCUAUCGGUCAACGAUUCGCACAGAAAUCCAAAGAGCAAGCCAUUGCAUUUGGUCUGGUCUCUAGUUUUGGCAGCCUAGGUCAAGUUGUGUUCCUGCCAGUAGCUAGAGUAAUGGUGGUUACCAUCGGCUGGAGACUCUCGUUCAUUGUGUUUGGUAUUUUCAUGGGUGCAAUUGCGCCUUUGGCAUACUUUUUAAAAACAAUCACACCUCUAUCUCCAGCCCCUUCCAAAUCAACAAUUGCAUACGAUUCUGAGAAACAUGGCAUUGAUGAAACAUUCACAGAAAAAGGACAAGAGCAACAUUUAGAAUCACAAAAGCAUACCGACUUCGAUGAUACUACCCUGCAACAAAAGGAACCUGUAGACAUUAAAUCCGCACUGAAAGAGGCAUUGACUUCCCCCACAUUCUUGAUGAUCACGUUGGGUUUCUCAGUGUGCGGUUUUCACGUUACAUUUCUUGCAACACAUUUCCCAGCAUAUCUGCAAGACCAAGGCGUCGAUCCUUCUAUAGCUGCUUGGACCAUAUCCAUCCUGGGUGCUGGUUCCAUGAUCGGAUCCAUAGGCGCUGGCUACAUCACUGGCUUCAUCAGUCCACGCAUCACGCUCACUCUUGUAUAUCUGCUUCGGGCCAUUCUCAUUGCCAUUUUUGUAUUCCUUCCGACAACAGAGACAACAGCAAUCAUAUUCUCAUGUCUUUUUGGGUUCCUAUGGCUGUCGACAGUGCCUGUUACCACUAAAUUUAUUGGUGAUGUCUUUGGGCAUAAGUUCUUGGGUACCUUGACAUCUGUUAGCUUUUGUGGGCAUCAAGUGGCCGCAUUCCUUGCGAGCUUUAUAGGAGGCAAGGUUGUAGACAUCCAAAAGAGCUAUACUUCCAUGUGGUAUGCCUCACUGGCAUUGGCAUUGCUAGCUGUGGUAGCCAAUUUUUUUGCAGAAGGCAUCCCUGGAUUUAGAAGAAAGAGCAUUUUCUAG